AUGUGUGUGUGUUAGCCUAUUAAAGGAGCAGAGCCGAUCCAAUCAGAACAAAUCAUGUAUGGAUUAUGACUUCUAUCACAAAAUGCAAUGCAGAAUGCACCUCCUCUCUAACAAGGUCAUCCACUCAGAGCUUACUGGAGCACAAGUGUGCGUGUGUUUGUGUGUGUGUUCUGUCCUAUGGAGCGUAUGGCCAUUUCACAGGUCAUUGGCUGCAGAGGAGCGCUCUCUCUCAGGGGUAAACCCUGCUGCUAAACCCCACAGCUAAAACACUGUAUUGGUCCUUGGCCUGGAUAGUGUAGACAGACAGACAGGUCCUACGCACAUACAGACAGACACACACGCAGUCGGAUAUGCUAGAUAGAGGCCGUACCCAGGAAGAGUGCUCCUCUGACUCAGAGAAGGAAGCUGUGUCAUAGCCACGCUGCAAAUGGGUGUGUGUGCGCGAGUAUGUGAAUUGGUGUAUGUCUGCUGCAGUACUGCGCAGCUCGGCACGUGGCUCACAGACUACGGGGAGCGUGCAGAGAGAGAGAGAGAAGGAGAGAGAAAUAGACAGAGGUGGAACGAGAGGGGAGAGAAAAAACAAGAAGCGAAAUGGAGGAGGAAGCGAGGCAUCUGCAGUUCUGAGAGUGUGGACGAGAGAGAAAGGGGGAGAAGAGAUAGAGAUAAAGCAAGAGUAUGCAUCUCCAAUGAACUGUGUGCUAUGGAAACAUGUGUCAUGUUCAAAGACAAAGGAGGGAAUGGACGCAGGAGUAAACAAAGUUGCUAACCGCGACCAGGCAAACAUCGUCGGGGACCCCACUGCUGCCGGAGCUGACCUCUCGCAGGGUGGCAUGGAGAACACCGGACAGGCGGAGGAGCCUCAGCCUGUAUACGAGGCGGAAUAUGGAGGAAUGGAGCAGGGAGGAGAAGGAGAGGGCUCUCAGGGCGGCUACUAGUCAUUCCAGGGAUCUCUUCUCCCCAGCCUUCCGUUUGGUCGCUCGCUACCCUCACCCUGCUGUUCCAGACUUCCAGAUGUUCUACUUCUUUUUUUGUGACUUUAUGGAACCAAAACCGAUACAGACUCUUCCAGAUACCCCCUUUGCCCUCCCUGAUACCCUCUGUUGCCCCUAACAGCCCCCUUCUGGCCCCCCUCUCCUGUAUAGCUCCCCGCCUUUGUGUCGUUGUCGUCAUGUUGUUCGCCCUAGUGUUAUGUUCUCCCUAUCGCCACACAGUACUCUUUCAAGAGGCCUGCGCACACACACACACACACAGCAACAAUACACACACACACACACACACACACACACACACACACACACACACACACACACACACACACACACACACACACACACACACACACACACACACACACACACACACACACACACACACACACACACACGGUAGAUAAGAGCUGUGAUGAUUAUGCAGGAUUACAGAACCACAGAGAGAUGUAUCGUAGUUUGGAUGCUUGUGUGUGUGUCUGUUAGACGUGUCAGGUAGUAGGACAGUUCAGGGGUGUUCUGUCCAUGAGAUGCUGCUGUGGGGACAUGUGCAAUGAAUUAGAGAGUGUGUGUGUGUGUGUGUUUGGUCACACAUGUAACAGGGUCAUAUUAAAACCGAUUAACUAGCCGGCUUAUAUUGUUGCACUUGUUAAGUCUAGGGGUCUUAGGCCUAGUUUACUGGUCUGUAACCUGAUUUGAUGUGUGUAUCAAUAUGAGAAGGAAGCGUAUGUGACCAGGUGUUGAAUGUACGUGCGCCCAGGAGACAGCCACCUUACCUUAAGUCCAGGGCCAGCUCCUUCUUGACCUCUUGAUCAGCCAGUCCAAGUGGAUUAUUACUUGUUCAGAUGGUGAAACAUAAAUAUGUACAAAAACAAAACAAGAAAAAGGCAUCCCCAAAUAAAGAAGUUAACUAACACAAAGAAACAAAACAACUAAAGAGGUUAACUAACACAAAGAAACAAAACAACUAAAGAGGUUAACUAACACAAAGAAACAAACAAAAGGCCGGCAGAGAGGCUUCUGGCCUCCUCUCUUUCUCCCAGACAGCCAGUCACCCCAAUUGGCUGCACCUGAUGUUCUUUUCAAGGCUUAGCUCAGCACCUAGACCUGCCAGCUGCCACUUUGGGGUGGAGUGUGGGAGUAUCCUAGAUAGUGUGUUGCCUAACUGUGUGUUAACACUACACUACCCGGCAUAUCAAAACAAUAUGCCUUGAGACACGCCAGAAAGCAAUACACAUGUACCGCCACCACUGGGAAUCACAUAACAGCAGAAGAUAUCAAUAUACGCAAUACACUACAGUGGUUUUGGUCUAGCCUGGGAUUAGUCUGGCUCUAGAUAUGGCCUGGGUCGACUGGCAGAGUUGGAAGGGAGAAAAGCAGAAAGUGAUUCAGAAUGAUGAUUACUUGUGAAAAUAUGUUGUUGUCAUAGUAAUACCAAGCAAUAGUCAGACAGAUAGGUAGAAUAGAGGAGCAUCACACAUAGGGAAUGCUGGGAAAUGUAUAUUCCAAAUCGAUUUUUGAUUCCCACAAAAAAUAGUACAUUUUCUACUGUCAUUGGUUAACUGCUCCUGUUGUCAACCAUCUCAGCCACUCAGAGGCUUCCUCUGCCCUGUCACUCAGUGUGUCCCGCCCUUCCCUGUGUCAGCAAGUAACUUUAGAGACUAAAACAGGUCUGCUCUGUGCAGGUACAAAGUGUGUGUCUGUGUGUGUGUGUCUGUUACAUAUACAGCAGGUCAGUCCAGCAUCAGUGUCUGUAUUAUAGAGCAGGUAUGUGUGUAUUAUUACUUUGAGGUCAAUGGAAACUGAUUACUGCAUGUUGCCUUAUCCAGCACUCUUACAUUCACACAUCACACACACACAAACACACACACACACACACACACACACACACACACACACACACACACACACACACACACACACACACACACACACACACACACACACACACACACACACACACACACACACACACACACACACGUACCCGCACAAACCCACAAUCCAUACACACAGUACACUCAUCAAGCACACACAAAUAAUACACAAACACACUCACACCUUGUUUAAGUUGGCAUCGAAGCAGACUUGCUGAUUUUAUAAACAGUACCAGUGAAUUAAAGACAGUUUUGUUGAAAUCCAAA